AUGAGAAUAGAACUUCAGGCAAAGGUGAGAGAAAUACCAAAACAAGCACUCUGAUGCUCAGAUUUUCUCUAAAUUUUGCACGCACACCGAGCAUAGACCACACAUCAAUUCCUAAAAAUGUUAGCUCGCACUUAACAGGGGCAGCAGGGGUAUUUGAUUGUGAGAAAUAUCUUUGCUAAAAAAUUAGACCGACACGAUUUUCUCUCUCUUACCAUACACCAUUCUUUCCCUAACCGCCGCCAGAGAAUGACACGGCUCCGGAGCCGGCCGUUGGCUCCGGCUCUAAGCGGCUCCAAGCCGAGAGCCGGAAAUGUGAUCGAAAUGUUUGCCGUGGCAAUCUCUAACCGCCGCUAACCAGUAAAAAAUCGUAGUCUGGUCAUCCACGUAACUCAAAGGAAGUAACCAGAGUGAACUUUUCUGUUUGCUGUAAAAUAAAGACCUCACAUCAACAACAGAGCGCUUUACAUUGUCUACAUAUGUAAACGUAACACUAGAAAAUUUCCAUUUGCUCGCAACUUCCAAAUAAUUGCAUUUGCUUCAAAUGAAAUCAAACAACUGAGACUUCAUUAACCCUUAUUUAUGUCUGUUUCAUACUUUUGGCUUUGAAACUUGAUUACAUAUAAGUACAAGUUGUGCCGAAGUUUUUGUGUCAUACGACUUUUUAGCCAUUCCAUUUUUUACAUUUAAUCUAUAAAGUUUAAUACUUGUAAUGUACUGCUUGCACUUUUAGGGCGUUUGAAUUUAAAUUCCGAAUCCUUUAUUACUCCCAAAUAAGGGGUGUUUUCGCUGCGGGACCAAAAAAUAUGUAGUUUCUGCAGUGGAAAAAACUAUUUUUUCUCUAAAGAAAUAUAUGUACAAAUCUUUUGUUAGCAAGUGCUAAGGGUGUGGGUUUACGUGCCUUGUGACGAAUAUGCAAAUUCUAGCUUGCGUUUUGCAAAAACAACUCAUUUUUCUGUUAGCAACUUCGCAAAUGGUCAUUUUUUUUGGCAUGAAAGUUUCAGCAACAUUUGUUCUUUAGAUUUAGACUGAAAAUUAAAUAAAAUUACGUCAUAAGGCAAAGAAGUGUAUCUUUUUCAUUUAGCUUUUCUUUUUUCCUUUUCUAAAGACGGCAACGCCAAUCAAAAUCGCUCUUUUCAACCUCCGCUCGGUUAAAUUUUCCUUUCUCUUUCAGGUAUGGCAUAACCACUGGCAUCCUCCGGAAAUUGACAAUCACCAAUAUGACAUAAUUGUCACCUCCCUCACCAAUUCAACCUUGCGUUUUGCUCUCGAAUCCGGCAAGAUUGCGCCACACACGAUGGUAAAUUACAGCCUAAACAAAGCGGGUCCGCUGGCACUCCUCGGCUACGAGGAGGACGACACUUGUGUCAUGCUCAUCUUUGCCCUCUCCAGCACGUUCGCCGAAUACGGCCCGUACCUGGAGAUGUGCGCCAGCAUCUUUUGCAUGUGCUGCAACUUCUACUCGGCCAUGCGAUUCAUGCAUGUCGGAACUUACAGUACGAAUUUCCGGAUUGUGAUGGUAUGUUUGGCUUUGUUGUUGCGCCUUGUUUGGAGAUGCUGCCAAAAUCUGCGAACGGCAGGAAGAUUUGUAGUGUAUGUAAAAGGAUAAAAACGGAGGUUUUAAUAAGAAGAGAUGUUUUUACAACCUAUUUUUAAAGCAAGGUCCAAAUGAGCAUAAACUUUAUAGGGUUUGCGAGGGAUUUUUUGAAAAAAGAAGUGGUUUUCAUGCCACAGAUUUCAAAGAAGUGAUGAAUUUCUUGCACUUGUAGCUUAGAAAUCUCAGCAGUUUCUGCAAAACGCACGCCAAAUUUUAGUCAUAUGUUUCUCGAAGAGCAUAAAAUUUUCGGUUUAACCUUUGCUAUUUAUUACCGAAUUGAUGCUAUUACUCUGUCGGGAAAAUAAUGAGCACUCUCUCACAGCGAAAAUUGCAUCGCUGCAAAAAAAAUAAAUUGUGUCGCGAUAAAAUCGAGUUUCUUUGACUUUAGCGACGCGACUGAUGCAGCGACAUCGUGCUCAUUAUUUUCCCGACAGACUGACAAAAAGUAAAAAUCUGUUGUCCAAUUCAUCUUACUUUCCCUUCUCAGAUCUCCAUGAACCUGAUCGUCACCGGCACCGCCCUCUUCCGACCGAUCUACGUCCUCGUCCCCGAGGAGGUAUACAGUAUUGAAGCUGGGAAUUGCAUCGCCGCAGUAGUUAUGUACACCGCCGCCUACUUCCAACACAUUUGCACCUACACUUUCGACGCCAAAUACUUGAUCAUAGGCCUGGAGCGACGAAUGGCCUACAAAUUGAGGGCAACGUACGAACACAGUCAAGAUAAGACAACACUAAAGGUUUUCGCGGGCAUGGUAGUGACCGUGUGGAUGAUCGUCACAGUCAAAGCAAUAUGCGUGGUACUGCUUUCGCAUGAAAAUGUGGAUCGUGUUUUCCAUCGGGCAUUUAUCAUGGAUGGAAGCUUUUUUACGUUGGUUGGAGCUCAUGUUAUUGCGCUCGUUGGAUGGGUCUAUGGAUAUUAUGUAGGUUUAGUCUUCAGAAAUUGUUAAUGAGACAUAGACAUGGAUUUUGAGCCGGACCAAGACUCGCAGCCCAGUUCGCGGACCGGGAGGGUCGGCAUGGCCCGGCAUGCUUCAAAUUUUCUUCGGCCCGGCGCGAUAGAAGUCUUUCCCGGCUUGACGUUGCUAUGCCUGCUAACAUGUAUAGUGGGGGACCCGAUCCAUUGGCAAAAAACGUACCAUUUUGGAUCCGUAAUAUCAAAAAUGCAGCAAAAUACCUCCCUCUCCAAGUGAAAAAACUCCGAUUUCAAAAAGCGCGCCCGCUCUUUUUGUGAGGAAAAAGGGCGCGCAUUUCAAAACAGAGUUAUUUUUUAUUGUAGUGGGAAGUAUUUUGCCACAUUUUUGGAACUUCCCGGAUGCAAAAUUAUACGUUUUUUGCCAAUGGAUCAGGUCCCUCACUGUAUAGAGAAAACCAACUUUUAUUUUUAAUUUUGCAAUAAUUUGUAUCAUUUAUAAAAAAGAUUCCACAAAUAAUUUCCAUUUUCAGACAUUCCACUACCUAAACAAGCAAGCGAAAAGAAUAAAAUAUUGUGGAAGUUCGCUUAGUGAGUCAUUCACAAUCAAAGAGAUUACAAAUGUCAUCAAAGCCGUGAGGCCGGUGAUCAUUGCGUACAGAACAGUCGUAAUCGUGGGAUUUUGUGUGCUGACAAUCAUAACGAUAUCAUUCUAUCUGGGAGCCAUGGACGAGAACGAUAUUUACUAUCAGGCCCUUGUUACGGUAAGGCGCUGGCUGAAAAGUGAAAAAAAAGAAAAAUUUUUCAUAGCAAUUCCCAUACAUGUUUUAUUCUACUUCCAUCAUUUUUCAGUUCGAAUACGUGAUGAUCGACGUCUACAACGUCUACUCGAGCGGCUACAUGAUUUGGAACCUGAAGCCGCUGCGCAAAGCCUUCUUGGACGAUAUAUCCUGCCUUUUCCCGAAGAAGGUGCUGAUCACCGAAGUUGAGCCGGAGACAAUCGAAAAGUACGACAACGAAGAGGAGACAAAAAUAUAUUUUGAGCAACUUACUAGUAGCUGGAAAUAA